UAGUCGGGGCUUUCCAGCAGCAGCACAGCGAGCGAUUCACAAAGUUGUCCGCUCGCUGUUUACUAAAUAUUUAUUAAAGAAACUGGAACAGACUCGUUUGAUGGAUGGUGCAUUUAGUUGACGUUGUCCAGGCAUUUGCCAAGAUUUUUUUAGCAGUGGUUUACUAAAGUCGACGUCUGAUAGAAGCUGUACGAGAAUAAGCAAACAAGGACGCCAGAGUCGCUUUGGAUGACCCUGCAGAUCACAGAAUGGCUGGAGCACUAAGGAUGGAUGAAACACAUUUUAACAUGAAGUUUAGCAAUCCUGAGUUCAUGGUGGAGCUUCCAUAUCUGCACGAACCUUUUGAGGUGAAGCCUGAACCCUUUGUGCCAGAGACAGUUCAUGGGCCUUAUCUACAGAUAAUUGAGGAGCCAAAGCAGAGAGGAUUCAGAUUUCGUUAUGAAUGUGAGGGCCCAUCCCAUGGUGGUCUGCCAGGGGCCUCCAGUGAGAGGAACAGAAGGACGUAUCCCACAGUCAAGGUGUCAAACUACGUGGGUCACGCUCGCGUAGAGGUUCAGCUUGUGACGCACACAGACCCCCCACGUGUCCACGCACACAGCCUUGUGGGUCGCCACUGUACUGACAACGGAAUAUGCACCAUUGAUGUCGGGCCUAAUGAUCUCACAGCACAAUUCAGUAAUUUAGGCAUCCUCCAUGUCACUAAGAGAGGAGUGCAUGAAGUAUUAACGAAAAGACUGAAAGAAGAGAAGAGGAGGAUAAAAGAGCCUGGAUGUAAAUUUACUGGUAAGCCUGUGAUUUCAUUCUUUAACUGGACAUACAGUAACUCCUUACUGCUUACAUCCUCGUUUGACGUGCUUUCUCUCUCUUACUCUCAUAUAGAUGCAGAGGAACAGGCUAUUUUGCAAGAAGCCAAAGAACUGGGCAAAACCAUGGACCUAAACAUUGUGAGAUUAAAGUUCACUGCGUAUUUGCAGGACAGCAAUGGGAGUUUCACAAGAGCCUUGAAUCCAGUUGUCUCCAACCCUAUCUAUGAUAGCAAAUCACCAAAUGCUUCAAAUCUGAAGAUCUCCCGCAUGGACAAAACCUCUGGAUCAGUUCUGGGAGGAGAAGAGGUCUUUCUGCUCUGUGAUAAAGUUCAAAAAGAUGAUAUUGACAUUCGUUUUUAUGAGGAGGAAGAUGAUGGAGGAUGGGAGGCAUUUGGAGACUUCUCCCCUACUGAUGUCCACAAACAGUAUGCGAUCGUGUUUAAGACCCCACCAUACCGCUGCACAGAUAUCACACAUCCUGUCACAGUCUUCCUUCAGCUCAAGAGGAAGAAGGGAGGCGACUGCAGCGAACCCAAACAGUUCACGUAUAUUCCUCACAAUCAAGACAAAGAAGAGGUUCAGAGGAAGAGGAUGAAGGUGCUUCAUCAGUCUUACGAUCACUGGCGGGGAGGAGGAGCAGGGGCCUAUGGGGGUCCUGGAUCUGGAACAGGAGGAGGAGGAGGAGGAGGAAUGGGAGGAGGUUUUCCAUUUAAUCCUCCGAUGGAUGGUUCAGGGUUUUUCAUUGGUGGAUGCAGUGGAUUUAGCGGCGGGGCACAGAUGUCAGGCUCCACACCACAGGCUGAAGGAUCUCUGAAUCAGUCGACAAACACACAAACUCAGUCUGGCUCUCAAAUGCAACAGCAGCUCUUUCAGAUUGCCACAGCUCUGCAGAGUCGUGCCUCUUUGAUGGCAAAGAGCUCUGCUCGUGCCUUGUUACAGUACUGCAGCACUGGGGAUGUGCGUCCCCUGCUGGCUCUGCAAAGAUAUCUGUGUGGAGUGCAGGACGAGAACGGAGACACUCCUUUGCACUUGGCCAUUAUCCAUCAGCAACCUGUUGUGGUACAACAGCUCAUUCAGGCCCUGAACAACACUCCACAGCAGAAGUUUAUCAACAAGCUCAACCACCUCAAUCAAGCUCCAUUGCAUCUGGCUGUGAUCACAAAGCAGGCCAGGUUAGUUGAGAUGCUGAUGAAAACGGGUGCAGACCCGAGCCUGCUGGACCAGGAGGGCCGGACAGCGCUUCACUUGGCCGCUCACACCGGUGAUGAGGCCGUACUACGAGUGAUCCUGGGUCUGCUGGGAGAGCGCCAUGCCCAUUUAAUAAACUCUGCUGACUUCUCAGGUCAAUAUCCAGUCCAUCUCGCAGUAAAGAAAGAUGGAGAGCACUGUCUUCGAUUGUUGGUGGGGGCAGGAGCAAAGAUUAACAUGCCAGAGCAGAAAAGCGGCUGCACAGCACUACACCUGGCAGUGAGGGACAACUCUUUAAAACUGGCCUGUUAUCUCAUCACCGAGCUGCAGGCUGACGUGAAUGCGUGUACCUAUGGGGGCAACAGUCCUCUUCACCUUGCUGCCAGUCAGGGCUCUCCACCUCUCUGCUCCAUGCUGAUAGCUGCAGGUGCUGAUAAACGCAUGGAGAACGACGAGCCUCUUUUUUUCCAGAGCUUGUCCUCCUCAGAUGAAGAUGACGAGAGCGAGAAGAAAGAAGUCGACAGGCAGCUUCCAGAUCUCAUGGUUCAGCAAGUUCACUGCAUGUCGAUAUCAUCUGAAAGAGGAACAUUUAACCCACGCAAGAGACCUGCUGCGGGACACACACCAUUUGACCUGGCCAAAUGCCAAAAGGUUAGAGAUCUUUUAGAUGGCAGGAAAGGCCCCAAGUCCAGUUCACUUGCCCCCAAGAGGACCAAAAUAAGCACUGAGGAAGUGAACCAAGGUUUGGAUAGUGAGGUGCUCACGAAACUGUGUAGUAUUCUCAUUGAAGACCAUGUACCCUGGAGAGAGCUGGCGGAAAAACUGGGCAUGCUCACACUCACUCACCUGUACCAGGAGAGUGGCUCACCCUGCCAGAAGCUUCUCGAGAACUACCAGUUGAGUGGUGGUCCUGUGGAUGGCCUGGUGGAGGCGCUGCAGUCUCUGGGUGUGAGUGAAGGAGUGAGACUGCUGAGAGACAGCCAACCCAGAGAGGACAAGCAGAGCACAGAUUCUAAAGAGGACAGCGGCUUUGGGAGUCAGUCCAUUGAAGAGGAGAUGGGAAAUCCUGCAGUGGCCAAUCACUGAUUAUCAGGAUCUAUUCUUUGAGGACAACUUGGCACUUUAUUUGACUGGUUUUUCAGGUGCGAACUGGUGGACUGUUCAUCAUCUCAAUAAAGUGAAAAUACGGCACAGCACAGGAUGAACUAAAACGGAUCAUUUUGAGGUCAAAAGCCCUUGCUGGUCUUACACAACAGAAAUACAACAUGACAGAAAUCAGUUGCUUUAAGACACUCAAAUCUCCGUGGUCUGAAGUCAAGCUGUAGUCUUAGUGCAGUACUUUUAUCUAAGCAACCCCUCAAUUACUGAGAUUUCACAGCUAUUAAACAGUAAUGCAACUGUCAUUCCACAAUCUCAGCUGUAAUCUUGGAAUAUUUCUGCAGAAUGCUCUGAUAUGAAUGUUUCUAGCAAGCUCUGUUUUGAUUUAUAUGCAACCUUAGGAAAAUGCAAAGAUGUGAUGCAAUUUUUAAAUCACAUUGGUUGUUUUUCUGAUACAUCUGGAGACAUCUGUCUAAUACUGUUUAUUUAUGUGUAUGUUUGGUUGCAAUUAUACACUUGUUCAGAGUAAAUAUGUUUGUGUUUUAAUAAAGGUAUUUCAUUA